UGAUUCGCUGAAAGUGUCGUAAAAACGGACACGAUCCUAACUCAGAUGCAGCGCUCGGGUUGCUUUUGUAAAUGAAUGUAGUGUUUACAGGAAAGUUUGUCGUAACAAGACCCAUUUUGUUUAGGGAAGCGGCUUAAUAAUUUUGGAGUUUGCACCUAAUUCAGUUCUCCGGGGUGAGAAGAUGUCGAGAUGGACGCAGCAGGAGAAGGGCGGCUUGUGACACACUGACCGGCUGACUCGGUGACAGAUGUCCCCUGCGUGACAGGACACGACUAAAGCUAAUGGAGAUUGUUGACGACGACGACGACGUGCCUCUCAUCCUCACCUGGGAUGAUGCAAACAGCGGUUUACUCAACGAGGAGCCGGAUAGGGGAGACGAGAAUGGAGGUGCAGGGAAUUAUGACAUUGUGAGUAACACUGUGGUGUCAACACCCGGGCCUCAAACCCACCGAGCUCACAGUGGGUCUUUACGGCAAAGUUGGGAGAUGAACUACCAGGAGGCUGCCAUCUACCUACAGGAAGGAGAAAACAAUGACAAGUUCUUCACCCACCCCAGAAACCCCAAGGCGCUGGCGGCGUACCUUUUUGCACACAACCACAUCUUCUACAUGAUGGAGCUACUCAUAGGCCUUCUGCUCAUGGCGCUGUCGCUGUGCGAAGCUCCCGCGGUGCCGACUCUGCGCCUGGACGUCUAUAUCCACGCCACCCUGGAGCUGUUAGCCUUAGUUAUGGUGGCAUUUGAGCUGUGCAUGAAGCUCCGUUGGCUGGGAUUCCACAUCUUCAUACGACACAAGAGGACAAUGGUGAAGACAUGUGUGUUGCUGCUGCAGUUUGUAGAGGCCAUAGUGGUUCUGGUCCGACAGACAUCCCACAUGCGAGUGACCAGAGCACUCAGACCAAUUUUCCUGGUGGACUGUAGAUACUGUGGUGCUGUGCGCAGAAAUUUGCGGCAGAUCUUCCAGUCCCUCCCGCCAUUUAUUGACAUCCUCCUCCUGCUGCUCUUCUUCAUGGUCAUAUUUGCUAUUUUGGGUUUUUGCCUCUUCUCUACAAACACAGCAGAUCCGUACUUCAACACUCUGGAGAACAGCAUGGUCAGUCUGUUUGUGCUGCUGACCACAGCAAACUUCCCUGAUGUGAUGAUGCCAGCGUACUCGAAGAGCAGCUGGUCCUGUGUGUUUUUUAUCGUGUACCUCUCCAUCGAGCUCUACUUCAUCAUGAACCUGCUCCUGGCAGUCGUGUUCGACACGUUUAAUGACGUGGAAAAAAUGAAGUUCAAAUCUCUGUUGCUUCACAAACGCUCCGCUAUUGACCACGCUUUUCAGCUCUUAGUCAGUCGCCAGAGGCCAUUGGGUGUCUCUCUGAAACAGUUUGACGGCCUGAUGCGAUUUUACAGACCACGGAUGUCUGCAAGGGACCGCUUCCUCACCUAUAAAGCUCUUAACAUGUCUGGAGCGCCGAUGCUAAGUCUGGAAGACUUUUAUAAGUUCUAUGAGGUGACUGGACUUAAAUGGAAGGCACGGCGGAGUGGAGAAUAUUGGUUUGAUGACCUCCCACACACAGCAUACCUUAUUUUCAAAGGCAUCAACCUACUUGUGAGGUCUAAGGCCUUCCAGUACACCAUGUAUGUGGUUGUGGCCAUCAAUGGCGUGUGGAUCCUUGUGGAAACGUAUACUUUGCACACUGGAUUCUCCUGGUCUAGGCCGGUUCCCUGGAGUUACAUUGUCUUCCUUACAAUUUAUGGUGUUGAAGUCCUAUUGAAGUUAUCAGGUUUGGGACCAUUGGCUUACUUCAGCUCUGGAUGGAACCUGUUUGAUUUCUCUGUGACCGUGUUCGCCUUCCUGGGGCUGAUUGCACUCGCCUUUGACAUGGAGCCUUUCUACUUCAUCGUUGUGCUUCGACCAUUUCAGCUGCUCAGGUUGUUUAAGAUCAAGCAGAGGUAUCGCAACGUGUUGGACACCAUGUUUGAGCUCUUCCCCAGGAUGGCCAGUCUGGGCUUAACUUUGAUCAUCUUCUACUACUCCUUUGCUAUUGUGGGCAUGGAGUUAUUUGCUGACGUCGUUUACCCCAACUGCUGCAACACCAGCACAGUGGCAGACUCCUACAGGCAGAUCAACGUCACCUAUGGCAACAAAACCGUAUUGGAAGAAGGCUACUAUUAUCUCAACAACUUCAACAACAUUCUCAGAAGUUUUGUGACUCUUUUUGAGCUGACUGUGGUCAACAACUGGUACAUCACAAUGGAAGGCGUGACGUCCAUGACGAGCCACUGGAGUCGUUUGUACUUCAUGACCUUCUACAUUGUCACCAUGGUGGUCAUGACCAUCAUUGUGGCGUUCAUCCUGGAUGCCUUCGUGUUCCGCAUGAACUACAGCCGCAAGAACCGGGAAACACUGGAGAACCCAGAAGCUGAGAAUGGAAUCGUGUUUGAGGUGGAAGUUGGCCGAGAAGAAGCUCUUUCCACUCUGGAGUUGUACAAACUAACGUGUCCUGCACAGUCGUCUCUCAGCUCGCUGCACGGAGUCAUACAGGCCAUCGACCGUAGUGGGAGUGAGCUGCCUUCAUCCUUCCUGGUGUACCAAGGGAGGAGGUCCAGGACCAAGUGUGACCUCAGCAUGAAAAUGUAUGCAGAGGAGAUGCAGGAAUGGUAUUUGGAGUAUUCAAGGGAAAACCUUCCUCAACCAGACCAAAACCGGGAACACGACUUGGACAGUCCUACCUCCAACCCACCUUUUGUCCCCGCACCUCAGCUGGACUCACAAAUCGAACAUUACAGUAUUAACUAACGUAGUGACACGCUUGUCUUUUGGACCGCUGUGAGUUGACAAUAUGGUGACUUUUCUCAGGACUCGGACAGACAAGUGGUACAUUGUGACCAGAGACGGCAGCGUGUUAAUAUUAUUACACUACAUAAUGUACAGUACAUACACUCUAUGAGGCUCCUUUCAUUAAAGUCUCGAUUAUUCUGUAUAUACAAAUAUGUUCUUCAGCAAUAUUCAUGUUUUAAUGCAGCAAUAGCCUUCGGGGUCAAAGGUUACUCCUUUUUAGAUAUGGCGUCCAAAUAGGUUUUGUAUAUUUACUAAAAACAAAUCAAUUUGUCUUUGUACUGUAUUAAAUUAUAUUAUUGUUGUACUUCACAGCGCCUUAACUGUAGUCAGUAAAUGUUGUACAGGUGAAACGUCACAUAGGAAUAUCGUGCAAAAGUUCCAUUAUUUCAGCAAUUCAACUUCAAAUGUGAAACUAAUAUGGGAUAUCAACUGCAAACUGCAAAACAUGCAAAGGGAGAUACAGUAUGUCCAGCCUUUAUUUGUUAUCAUUUUGAUCAUCGGGGCUUACAUCCAUCCAUUUUCUACCGCUUAUUCCCUUUGGGGUCGCGGGGGGCGCUGGAGCCUAUCUCAGCUACAAUCGGGCGGAAGGCGGGGUACACCCUGGACAAGUCGCCACCUCAUCGCAGGGCCAACACAGAUAGACAGACAACAUUCACACUCACAUCCACACACUAGGGCCAAUUUAGUGUUGCCAAUCAACUUAUCCCCAGGUGCAUGUCUUUGGAAGUGGGAGGAAGCCGGAGUACCCGGAGGGAACCCACGCAGUCACGGGGAGAACAUGCAAACUCCACACAGAAAGAUCCCGAGCCCGGGAUUGAACCCAAGACUACUCAGGACCUUCGUAUUGUGAGGCAGAUGCACUAACCCCUCUUCCACCGUGAAGCCUCGGGGCUUACAGUUUUUGCAAUUUGAGGUUUUCAUAAGCUGCAAGCCAUAAUCAUCAAAACGAUAUCAAAAGAAAGCUUGAAAUAUAUUGAGUUGAAGAAAGUUAUGAGCCUAUGUCAUAUAUUGGUUUCACUUUUUAAAUCUAAUUGCUGGAAUUGACAAAUUUUGCAUGAUGUUCAGAUUUGUUUAGUUUUACCUAUAUUUAAACCUCAUGCCUUAGUUCUGUGGCUCUUCUGAUCAGUAUUAACAACAAAUAGUUUGAACACACUCCUUUUGCAGCUCAAAUCCAAAAUGGUCUAUUUUGUAUAACUGCUGCUUUUUAAUAAACUCUUGAAAUGUG